AUGCACCGCGUGCGGGCCGCGACAGCAAUGCUAUUCCGCCAUCUCGCGACAUCUGCGGCGCCUGCGGCGCCGCUCAACGUGCUCUUCUUCGGCUCCGACCAGUUCAGCGCGCACUCGCUGCGCGCGUUGGCCGCCCUGCAGUCCGGUCGCAUCGUCGGAGACAUCCAGCUGGUCACCAGGCCCGCCAAGCGCUGCGGGCGGUACCUGCAGGCCACGCGCGAGCUGCCCGUUGUCGCCGCCGCCCGCGAGCUCGCGCUGCCGCCGCCGUUGCGCUGCGACACGCGCGACGACCUGCUCGCGCUGCGCGCACGCGCGCCACGCACGAACCUGCUUGUCGCGGUCUCCUACGGGCAGCUGAUCCCGGCGGAGCUCGUGCGCUCCGUGCCUCACUCGCUGAACGUACACCCGUCGCUGCUGCCGCGCUACCGCGGCGCGGCACCCAUCCAGCACACGCUGCUCAACGGCGACUCCACGACCGGGGUGUCCGUGCAGACACUGCAUCCCACGCGCUUCGACGAAGGCGCCAUCGUCGCGCAGACCCCGGAGCUCUCCAUCGCCGCCUUGCUCGCGCGCGGCACAUGCAGCUCCUUCGAUCCGGGCGUCCCGCCCGCGGUGUGCGCACUCGUCGACCAGCUGGGUCUGCGCGGCGCCGACCUGCUCGCGCGCGUCGUCGCCGACCGCCGCUACGCGGGCCCGCCACUGGCCCCUCCCUACGCCCCCAGCCGCGCGCCCAAGCUGCCGCCCGCCGCGCGCCGCGUCGACUGGUCUACUGACUCCGCUGCGCGCGCUCUGGCAAAGCUGGCUGCCCUGGGCCCGCUCUACGCCUUUGUUCCUGCGCAGCCCCGCAGACAGCCUGCGCCCGACCUACGUCGCGUGCUGUUCCACGACCUGCGCCCCUACGCCGGCCCCGCUUUCGGCCCCCCCGGCGCCUUUCGCUACGACCCUGAUUCUAAGCUUUUGCUAUUGCAAAUGGCGGAUCACCCGCUGGUCUGCAGCCUGCUACAGUUCCAGGGCUUUAAGCCCGAGCUCCCCGACAAGUUCAUGUCCUCGUACCAGAAGAGAUGUGGGCGAGCGAAAGGUUUCAUGUUCCAAUGA